AUGCAGCUCCGCGCGUCGAUUGGCAUCAUUCUCCUCGGAAGUGGCGUUGCUCUUUCCGAACGCAUGGCUGGAGAGCCAUUGGGUGAAGUUCUACCUCGUUUGCAGCGUUUCAAUGUCAAAGGCUGCGACCAUACGCGGAGCGGCGGAUUCAUGUCUUGUAACCUCACUCCGAAGAAUAGUGAUGAACAACCAGACCACAAGUCUCUUGACGACUUCUGCUCGCGCUUUUAUGGCUUCCUGGGCUGCAAAGCAGCUCCCAAGAAGGGACCCAAACCUAACAUGCACCUUGACAAAGAAAUGCCGUUGGAAGAGGUGCGCCGUCACUUCCCCAACGCGCGUACCGCACGUUGCGGCAUUGAUGGGAAUAUGGUCUCUUGUGACUUCUAUGACGUUGGUAAAAUAAGCGUCUUCUCCUACAGUCAAGAUUCUAACAGGGAUCUGUAG